AUGUCUCAGACCUUUGAUGAAGGAUCAGUUUAUAACGGCUCGUCAAGGCGUCAUGAUCCAUGGUUGAAGCUCGAUCAAAUUCUCUGUCAAGAUUUUGUGACCUUUAAAGAAGAUUAUCCAUUUUUAUCAAGUGGUCAAUAUUCUUGGAGGAAGAUAUCAGGUUUUAUUGAUCCUGUUGUAAAUGGUCGAGAUCUUUCUAAGAAAAUAUCCGAUUUAUCGAUCCCAUAA